CUCAGCAUGGGUGACCCUGGUAAGUGUGCCUUCCCGAUGCCUUAGGCCUCAGCCUGGCACAUAGCACGUCAGUUUCCUGCAGUGGCCGCCCUGCCCAGUCCGGCACACAAGGGGUUAGCCGCGAGGAAUGCAGGAGUGUGGAAUGUGCAUGCAGAUGAGACGGAUGCUAAUCUCAUGCUAAUGAGCCUGUGGCUGGGAACAGGCCGAGGUUAUUGGCUUCCCCGGAUCCUCAGCCAGACGGCUCCUUGCUGCUGAAGUCGGAGCCGCCAGGGUCCCCUGACCGGAGCGCAGCCUUCCCCCCGCCCCACCCGGACAUGCUGGCUCGUGGAGCGGAGGACUUCCUGCCUGCUGGGCGGCUCGGUGCCCUGCUGUAGGGGCCGCGUCUCCGCUGCUGAGCCCCGGCUGCUCCUCUCCAGCCUCUUUCUGUACCUAUGGAGGAGUUUGCAGGGGCUGAUCAUGCCUAGGAAGGGGAAUGGGCAGCUGCCUUUACCGGAUGGCUGGGAGGAGGCGAGAGACUACGACGGGAAGGUGUUUUACAUCGACCACAACAGCCGGCAGACCAGCUGGAUCGACCCCCGGGACAGGUUGACAAAGCCGCUGUCAUUUGCAGACUGUGUUGGUAAUGAGCUUCCAUGGGGAUGGGAAUCUUGCUAUGAUCCACAGAUUGGAGUUUACUAUGUUAAUCAUAUUAAUCAAACCACGCAGAUAGAAGAUCCACGUAAAUUAUGGAGGAACGAACAGGAGCGGAUGCUGAAGGACUACCUAAUGGUGGCACAAGAUGCUCUAAGCACUCAGAAGGAGCUCUACCAUGUGAAGGAACAGAGGUUGGCACUUGCCCUGGAUGAAUAUGUGAGACUCAAUGAUGCCUAUAAAGAGAAAUCUAGCUCGCGUACUAGCUUAUUUUCAGGUUCAUCCUCAAGUACCAAGUAUGACCCCGAUAUUCUUAAAGCGGAAAUCUCCACCACGAAAGUCCGGGUAAAGAAACUGAAGCGGGAGCUGUCCCAAAUGAAGCAGGAGCUCCUGUACAAGGAGCAGGGUUUCCAGACACUGCAGCGUAUUGACCAAAAAAUGUCAGGAGGUCAGAGUGGUUAUGAGCUUCAAGAAGCAAAGGACAUCCUCUCCGAACUAAAAAGCAUAAGAAAGGCAAUCAGCAGUGGGGAGAAGGAGAAGCAGGAUCUCAUGCAGAGCCUCGCAAAACUGAAGGAACGAUUUCAUCUGGAAGAAGGCAGAGGAAGAUCAGAGCCGGAUCUUACAUCUGGCCUCACCAACUCCCACUUGUCUCUGUCCAGACAGAUGCUGGACGCCGGCUCACAGACUGAUAUUUCUGGGGAUAUUGGAAUGAGGAGCCGAGCAAAUCUGGCAGAAAAGGUCAGGCUGAGCCUACAAUACGAGGAGGCUAAAAGAAGUAUGGCUAACCUAAAGAUAGAACUAUCCAAGUUGGACAGCGAAGCCUGGCCAGGAGCACUGGACAUAGAGAAAGAGAAACUUCUGCUAAUUAAUGAGAAAGAGGAACUUUUAAAAGAACUUCAAUUUGUAACUACCCGAAAACGCACUCAGGACGAGAUGGAAAGACUGGAAGCAGAAAGGAGGCGUCUAGAAGAAGACCUCUUGUCCGUCAAAAGCACUCCCAGCCAAGCACUUGCCGAAAGGUUAAAGGUUCAAGAGAAAAAGAAGGAGCUGGUGAAAAAGCUGGAAGAAACCACAAAACUAGCCACUUAUUUGCAUUCAGAACUGAAAAGCCUGUCUGCCAGCACAUUAUCUGUUUCAUCAGGAAGCAGUCUUGGCUCCUUAGCAUCCAGUCGUGGGUCCUUGAACACUUCUAGUCGAGGUUCUCUCAAUUCCUUGAGCUCUACAGACCUGUAUUACAGUCAAGGAGACAGUCCAUCAGACCUGGACUAUCAGUACAAGCUGGACUUCUUGCUGCAAGAGAAAAGUGGUUACAUUCCAGCCGGGCCUAUCACUACCAUUCAUGAGAAUGAGGUAGUGCAUUCCCACGGCAGGCCAGAGUAUACCAACCUGCCCACUGCACAAGAGGACUCUCAAGAAACCAAACCUCCGAAGUCUGUGACAUCACUCUCUUCCCUAUCCUCCCUGUCAUCAUUGUCCCCACCAGGCUCUCCUCCAGUGCUGGAAGGAGCUUUCUCUUUGUCUACUCAGGAUACCAUUGGUACAGAUUUUGAGAGUUAUGACUUUCCUGGAAUAUUCUCCGAAAUGAGCAUCGGUGAAAAUCAGCAUUUAUUGGACUCUCGUCUAGAGCAAUCUCCAGCCUUCUCUGAGGAGAAAGGCAUAAAGCAUGAGACAAAUGCACCGUUGCCAGCAGAAAGCACAGAUGCCGACUUUACAAGAAAGUCUGCAGGUGACAUCCAGGAAGGGAAGACCGCUUGUGUUUCUGCUGCAGUUUCGGAUGAGUCUGUUGCGGGAGACAGUGGUGUAUAUGAAGCAUGCAUAAAGCCGCCAUGUGAAGAUGCUGCAUUUAGUGAAGAUUAUCCAGUGAUUGGGGCAGCUGAAGUGCAGCUAACGCUAAGAUAUGAUCCAGGAAAUUCCAGUUUUGUGAUAAUUAUUGGUGAGAUGAAGAACCAUCCUUUUCGAGUCCAGUAUGGCUCCAGAGUCUAUAUCCGGGUUGCCAUUCUCCCAUCUUCAAAUGACAUCAGCUGUCUCUUUAGGACCAAAGUAUACCCUGCUACAGAGUCUAUAUUGUUCAAUGAGCUAUUCCGAGUGUCCAUUUCACAAAGUGUGAUGCAGCAGAAGAAUCUAAGAGUGGACCUGUGUUUGGCUGGAAGAACCCAUCAAGAGGAAUGCUUGGCUGGCAUCCAGAUCAAUCUGGCAGACCUGUCAUUCAUAAAUGAAGUAUAUACUCUGUGGCACACGUUAAUGCCCUGCAGAGCCAUUCAUCAUCCAAAAGAGACUACUGAAAAGUCGGUGUUGGACAAGACACGGCCCGCAGCUUUGGAUUUGGAUGCUGUGUCAGCGUUGCUAGAGAGGACAUCUGCUGAGUUGGAAGCAGUGGAACAAGAAUUGGCCCAGGAAGAAGCCAGUGAGGGUGAUCAGGAGCAGAUGUGUCCUGUAGAGGAAUGGGUAGAAAUACCAGCAGAGGAGUCAUUUGAUGCCCUGGAUGAACAUUGCACCACUGAACUUUUGGAGGACUAUUACUCGCCACCACUGCAGUUGAAUGUUGACCCAGAAGAGGAGCACAGAGAACCCUAUGAAGAAACAAAUAGCUGGGAUCCCACCUCCACUGCUCCUCCUGCUGCCGAGCUUCCAACCCUGGUCGACAAAGAAACAAAUACAGAAGAAGCCAUUCAUGAAAAUAUUUCAGUCCGGCCCAAGGACAGAAGUAACCUUGGAUCAAGACAGCGACCGUUUGUGCGAAACAGCAUGAUCGUCCGGUCUCAAACGUUCUCUCCUGGAGAGAAGAACCAGUACAUAUGUAGGCUCAAUCGAAGUGACAGUGACAGCUCCACCCUUGCUAAAAAGUCACCUUUUAUAAGGAAUGCAACUGAACGACGCAGUUUGAGAGUAAAGAGGCCUAUGUGUCAGACAGUGACGAGAAGAGUCAUGCAUGAAUGUCGUGAACGGACAUCUCUGGACUUGGAGCUGGAUCUCCAAGCAUCACGGACAAGACAGAGACGACUCAAUGACGAGCUGCAGUUACUGAGAGACCUGAGGCAGAGGUUAGAGGAGAUGAAAGCCAGGGGAGAGACUGAAUUGCCGCCUUGUGUUCUGGAUGAUGAUCGCUUCCAGAAGCUUCUGAAACAAGCAGAAAAGCAGGCUGAACAAUCAAAAGAAGAACAAAAGCAAGGAUUCUGCGCUGAAAAAUUAAUGAGAAAAGCCUCCAAGGACGUAUGUAGGCUACGGGAACAGAGCCAGAAGGUGCCUCUACAAGUACAGACAUUCAGGGAGAAGAUUGCUUACUUCACCAGAGCCAAGAUCAGUAUCCCAUCUCUCUCCGCUGACGAUGUAUAGUUAUAUUUUUAUUUCACAGCUGUAGUUUUCCGAUUGGCUAUCUUUUUAGAUGAACGUUUUUGUAGUAUAGCUCUUGCUUUUAUGGCUAAAGUAAAACUGAAUAUUUUUUUACAUUACCCGUAGUUUGUAAAAUAUCUCAUGCUGUAUCUUGAAUUAAGGACUAGAAGAAAAAAAAAAAAGCACCAAAUGAGAAAAAGAGACAAAAAAUGAAGAAACCAAAGUAGACUAAUCUGGUACACUGAUGGUAAUUUUGUACAGUUUGUGUCAUCCACUUAUUCCUACAGUUUUGUAAAGGAGGAGCAAGGAAACGGUGAUUGCACUGUGCUCAGAUUUAUUUUUUUGUUCAAUAGACUGAUGUUCAUGUUUUCAUGUAAGCUGACUGUGAAAAUGGCUGCUAAGCCAUACAUUUGACUUUUGCACCAUAGACUUUUUGGGAGUCGAUUUAAAUUUCCAAACCUACAAGGCUGCCUCAUGAACCAGGUGCUUCUGUAUCCCCUAGUUGUGCCAUUGCUAUUGUUGGUAUUCACUCUGAAGAAAAAGUUGACGCAUAUUCAUUUCUACACCAGGUCAGGGUAAUAGCAACGGAGAAUAAAGUUACUUUUUUAUUUUUUUUUAAUUUUUA